UUGGGUCAUUCUUUUAGUUUUCGUUGAGUAGGCAACACCAUAAAUACAAUACACAAUAAAAUUUUCAUGUAAGUCUGGAAAUUUUGUUUGGAAUAAUCAGUUCGAACCGUUCGUGCGCCAUGGAUGAGGAUCAGUUGGAGCGAAUCGUGGCCAGGGCCAGGCUGGGCGCUGGUCCCAUACGACAGAUGUUCAUGCGACACUUUGUUUCGGGCGGCACAGAGCAGGAUGCCUUCUUCGACUGCCAGAGCUUCAGCGAGGACUGUGAGAGCCGCCGGGAGCGGGAGCGGGGCGUGGGCCACGACUCGGACGCCAUGCGCUGUGCCCUGGAACGGACCGCCACAAACAUCCAAAUGAUGUUGAACAGCCUGGAUGAGAUGUCGCCUCCGAAUCGGCCCAUCGGCUUCACCCUGGAGAUAACCACCGCCCUGGCGGUCAACGAUGACCAGCGACCGGGCGCAAGCGGACGCAUCACUGGCCAACCGGUGACCGUGCACAUGCCCCUGCAAUUCGAUCCGCGCACCAGACAAUUGACCUCCAAGUGCCAGGGGCAGCAGCAGCACCAGAUGCAGGCCUCCAUUUGUGGCAGCAGAGCCCCCAGUCCGACGAGACAUGGCACAGAUUACCCAGCUCUGACGUACUUGCAGGACGAGUGCCGAUGCCGCAACAACACCUGCAACAACAACCGCUCCCGCCCCCAGGAUAUCCAGACCGACCAAUCGUACCUACAGAAGCACAGACAGCAGUCGCCAGUGAGCCUGAGCUGCCCAGCAGGAGGAGCAGGGACAGGCUAUCACAGGCCAUCCCAGACGGAGACCUCGUAUCUGCGCGACCACAAGAAACCACAGUUUAAAGAUGCCCAGGACAACCAAUCAGAGGGUAACCACAGCAGCCAGGACUCGCAGACGGAGUCCUCCUACGUGAACGAUCAAUACAAACGGCAGCGGGACAAGCUCACGCAGGAGCGGACAUCACAGACCCAAAUGCUGCAUCCCACACAGCUCAUGCCAUGCGAUAAUCAACAGGAUGGUAACGAAACGAUCUACACUACGGCAAGCAAUCCAAACAGCAAUCGCGGGCCAUGUCCAUGCAAUUCGAGUGCCACAACAUCGGAGUUCUACCACACGCCCUGCCAGAGCACAGUUCAAUCCACGCGGCAUGCGGCAUGUGGCUGCAGUCUGCAUAAUUAUUUGCCCAGAUCAGAGAUGGACAACAGGCCGCCGUUUGCCUGUGAUCCGCGACCCAUGACCUGCCACGAUUGCCUCUGUGGCGGCCAGCAUCAGAGCGAUUUGCCGCCCUGGACACCGAAUCCGAAUGCCCAGCAUAUAGCCGUGUCGAGUGCGGAGAACAGCUGCGGCUGUCCGUGGGCAGCGAACAACGAGGAGGAUACCUCGUACCAGAGUGCGGCCACCACUUGCUUCACUCAGAACUCAGAAUCCAAGGCCACGACACUGGCACUACACGGGAAUCCUUGUUCAACGGCAACCAGUGCUUGUCCCAUUACGAGCACCAUCGACUUAUGCCUGUCGAAGGGUUCAUCCAAGGGCUUCAAGAGCUUCACUACGUGGGUUGAUAGAGCGGAUACAUGCGCGAAUAGUGCUUGUCCUGUCACCAGCACCAUUGGUAUGUGCUCCUCGACAGCACUGGCUGAGUCUGCAACAACCAAGGAAGUCAGUAAUAUCAUGAUUUGUGGCACCAAAACGGAUUCUAGCAAUGAUGCCAUAUGCACUUCGAAUACUUUUGCAGGUGCCUGCCCAUCGAAGACCAUUUUAGAUCCUUGCUCAUCGAAGUCUCUGCCAGAUCCUUGUGCACCAAAGUUCAUUGCAGAUCCCUGUUCAUUGAAGUCUCUGCCAGAUGCUUGUGCAUCCAAAGCCUUUGCAGAUCCUUGCUCAUUGAAGUCUCUGCCAGAUCCCUGUUCAUUGAAGUCUUUGCCAGAUCCUUGUGCAUCAAAGUCCAUUGCAGAUCCCUGUUCAUCGAAGUCUCUGCCAGAUCCUUGUGCAUCAAAGUCCAUUGCAGAUCCCUGUUCAUUGAAGUCUCUGCCAGAUGCUUGUGCAUCCAAAGCCUUUGCAGAUACUUACCCAUCGAAGGUCGACACAAAUCCUUGUUCAUCCCGUGGCUUUGCUGAUCCCACCUCAUCGAAGGCGCUCUUUAAUUCGUGUAUAUCCAAGGCAGUUUCGAAUCAUUGCCAUGCAGAUCCCAGCUCCACAAAUGCCAUGGCAUUCCACAUGGACACGCGGGUCAUUGAAGCAACUUGUGGCACCCAAACCAGCGUGCUGCCUCUGGUUGGAACUUCGGGCAAUUUGGAGGCCGAAGGUUCAGACGUGAGCAACCAAGAGAACAGCUACACGACCUCCGGCACACAAGGAUUACCACCGGCGUUUGGGUGUGAUGAUCAGACCUCGGGCACCUCUCGAUCGCGCUCCGUCGUCAACAAGAUCACCUGUUUGUGCUCCUCGGACCAGAAAUCGAUCUACAACAACCGCUUCGAGAAGGGUCCACGAGAAGAGGGCCACGUCCAGUACGGGGAUGAGCUCAUGCGGGAGAAUUCCGAUCAUUGCAACAUUUGUGAGGUGUGUCCACCGCCCCACGAUCCCAUGCAGUCCAUUGGCAGCUCUGUGCGCGGUGCAGCACCCGCCAAGCCACUGUCCAUCAAGUGCGACAAGUCCACGUGCACGUGCACCUCCCGGUGCCGGUCCAAGGGCAAAAUGAAGAGCCAAUCGAAGCAACAGUCCCGCCACGCGCCGCAGAGCUCCAAGCAGGUGUUCCUGGAGGAUCAGGACGUGUUUCGCGACUGCGCCUCGUUCAACUCCAACGUCAAGUCUGUCAAGUCGAAGAGCAGCCGCAGAUUGUCCUACGCUGAUGCUUCAUCAUCGCUGCCGAUCAUCACCAGCUGCUACAGCAAGGCCCAAGGUGCGCCUAACACGACGGCUGUGUGUCCGUGCGGCGUCUGUGGUUUGUCACAGAUUGACUGCAAGCACUCCAGGAUCGACACAUCUGGAACGUGCAUCGGCGUUUGCGGCCAGGACAAUGAGGAGGCGGCACUGUGGAGCUGUUACGAGCCAUCCAUUCAGAUGAAGAGCCGCAGCGACGCCCAAUGCAUGGAGAUAAAGAGCAGCAACGACGCCCAAUCCAUGGAGAUGAAGAGCUGCUACGAACCAUCAUUGGACAAGCAGAGCGAGUCCGGCUACUUUCGCUCGCCGGACACAUCGGCCUACACCGAGUACACGGAUGCCCCCUGCAAGGAGGUGGUGGUGGAAAGCCGCAAGGAGCGCAUCAUGGACAUGGUGCAGCAGCUGAGCGAUGCCGCUGACUGUGACUGCAACGAGGAUCGUCCGGCCAUGAUACAGAAUCUGUUUCGGGAGCUGGCCCUCAUGCUGCGCAUGGAGGAGGAGCGUGCCGUCGCCCCGCAGGACGAAAUAAAGACACAAAAGCCUACCUUCGAGGAGUGCUGCGCCAUCCAGCAGCAGUGCGACCCCCAGCCAGUCGACGAGAAUGUCAAAGGCACAAAGGAACGGCGCCGCAUUGAGUGCUUCGAGACGCUGGACGAUGCCGUGCGCAAGUGCUUCAUGAAACAGGAAACCAAACAGCUGCCAGAGGUGGAGAUCUAUGCACUCGAAGAGGACUCGGAUUCGGAUAGAGAAGAUGCCUGUGCCCGGUGGCUGCCUUCUGCGGAAUCAACCAUAUUCAAGGAUGUGGAAGGUCAGGGAUGCGGCAACGAUGACGAGUUCCUGGACCCGAAUAGCCAACGCCAUCUCCUCGAACAGAUGACAAAGCUAGUGAGGGAACCCAGUCCUGAAGAGUGUGACAUGUGUGUGGAGAUCUUGCAUCAAGUUGUAGAGCCCUGCCGCAGUUACGAUCGCAAUAAAUUCGAUGGCGAUUCAUGUGACAAAAUGGCGGAACCCCAAACCCCGCCCAAGGAGGCUAAAGUGAUGCCUUCGAAUAUCAAAGUGGUGCCGGAUAAAGUGGCACCCAAAGUGCCUUCGAAUAUCAAAGUGGAGCCGGAUAAAGUGGUUCCCUGUGCCUCUCAAGAUAAAACUUUGGCCAAACUAGACAAAGGCAAUUCCGACGAAUAUUGCCCUCCACAGUAUCAAAGCUCAAAGAUUGAGCCCUGCCCAACGAUUACGCCAGCACCCAGUCAAGUGCCCAGUGCCAUGAAGACAGAGGUCUGUGUGACGGUGGAGAAUUACAAACAGACGGAAUCCAGCACCUCUGUGGAUAAAGGCAAGAAGAUCGAAAGCAAGCAGGAAUCGUGCACCUCUGUGGAUAAAGCCAAGAAGAUCGAUAGCAAGCAGGAGCUCUGUGCCACGGAUUUGGGCAAUCUCCUGCCCGAUGGACCACUAAGUCCAGAGGCACGCCAGCUGUGCGAGAAGCUGCUGCGCCAGGCCCUGGUGGACUGUGGUGCCUGUGAUAAGCUGGCACCAUCUCAGUCGUGUCAGAGCUCAGAGGUGGCAGCCAGAUCAUAUGAAGACCCAAAAGGAGCAGGGCACUGCCAGUGCUGUCAUUGUCGUGCCCUCAAGUCCGAAAGAGAAUGCAGAACCGUGUCCAAGACUCUGCGUGCGGCCAUGUGCGAUCCAGCUUGUGAAAUGAAAUACUUUAUCGACUCUAUGAUUGUGGACUUGGAGGUCAUGGACCAUGUGCUGGACAACAAAAAGGCAAAGGCCAAGGAUGUAAGGGCAAAUUGCUUGGGCAAUGCGCUGGGAGCAGGCUUCCCCGUGACCAUCAGCGCUGUCUCCAGUUUGGGCUGCACCGCUCUCUACAUCAAAUGGGAUGUGCAGGACUGUGCCGGCAUUGCCGGAUACGAGAUUUACGUGGAUGGAAAUUUAAGGAGUCGCCUUUACAGCUACCGACACGAGGCAGCUGUGGUGGGAUGUGUGGACGUCACAAAGGGACAUCAGAUUGUGCUGCGGGCCCAGGCAAUAGGCCAGGACUUUCCAGGCGAUGAUCUGCCCGUGGGCAACUGCAAAACGGUGGUACAUACCAGCCAUCCGGAGAUGUUGGUCGGAGCCAAGAGACCCUGGUCGCCCAGCAUCUACUUCUAUGAUCCCAGCAUGGGCAUCAGGCAGGCGCCAGGCGCCAGGCGCGAGGCGAGCUAGUCAAACAUAAAUCAGAUAUCACAAUGGGUUGGGGAGCAGCAAUGGUUGACUCCCCACACGAUCCCACAUGCGCAUCAAAUUUUUAGCUUGUACAUAUAGGAUUUACUUACAUGAGAGAUAUUUUGUUCAGAGUUGUUUUGUUAUGUAGAUCCCCGCGCAAAAAAGAGAAGGGAGAGGCGUGUAGACCCUUUGCGCUUAAGGAAUUGAUUUGAUUGGACUAGAAUUGUAUUUGUAGUGCUUUAAAUAGUGCCUUAAAUUAUAAUCGUAUUUAUUAAGCAGAAAGAGCGAGAGAGAGCAAUGCAUUGUACAUGAAUCGAUAGAAUUGAUAGUACCCUAAGAUACCCUUCGGGGGCCCUUCACACGUUAGUUGACACAACACCAAAAUCAUUUUGAAUAAAAAACCCAAGAAUCUCAAUGUUAGAGAUGCCAAUAAA